UCAUAAACGCAAGCCAGUUUUGUUCUUCCGUUUGAAAUUAAUCUCGUUUUAUUAUGGCCACAAUGUCCGGAGGUACAAACCUCGGGAUUCCCGGGACAAGUCACAUCAGCUCCGGAGCGGCUUCACACUGGAAGAAAGACAGCAGCCCCUCCGCCAUAUUCUGGGAGAGUCCCGAUACUUUAGCCCAGCUUGAGGUGGUGCGACAGUGGGUCGUGAAGCACUACAAAAAGUAUGUGUUAGUAGAUGCACCAUCAUGUCAGGUGCUUGCCGCAGUUACCCAGCAGCUACUCCAGUUUCAAGAAGAUGCCUUUGGCAGACAAGCUACCAAUCCUGCUCUAACCAAACUGCCCGCUCAGUGCUUCCUGGACUUGCGACCAGGGGGUGGACUGUGCCAUAUUCUUGGCAGUGCCUACAAGUUUAAGGCCGACCAAGGCUGGAGAAGGUUUGACUUACAGAAUCCGUCAAGGACUGAGAGAAAUGUAGAGAUGUUUGAUACAAUUGAAAGAGCACUGACCCAGAACAACUGUAUGUCAAGGCCAGUGGUAUAUGUGGACCCCUCAGUGGACCAGGAGCUGGCUGUCAGACUAACUGUUAUGAUCACUAAGCACCAGGGUAAACUUACUGAGGACAGAACAUUUGCCAGCCACCACAUCUACCCAGUGCCUGCUUCUGCAGAGGAAGAUGAAUGGAUGCGUCCUGUUAUGCGUAAAGAGAAGCAUGUUUUGGUGCACUGGGGCAUGCACCCAGACAGUUAUGACAGCUGGUUGUCCUUAAGUGAUGUUGAUGGAGAUGUUGAAGAACCACCACAUGCAGACAGACCUUGGAGGGUCCAUGCUGGUUGGAUACUGGAUACAGACGUUUUUAAUGAGUGGAUGAAUGAAGAAGAUUAUUGUGUGGAUGAGAGGAAUAUGCCAGUCGUCCUCCGCCAGCGUAUUCACCUGCGAGAUGAACAGGAUUUAAAAUCAACUCCCUCCAAAAAGAGAAGACGCUCCCCUUCUCCCCCCUCAUCUGAAGGCAGGAAGAAAGGAAAGAAGGGAAGGAGACGUGGACAACAAGAAGAAGAGCCAGAAGAGGACUUGACCAAAGACAUGGAAGACCCCACACCUGUUCCCAACAUGGAGGAAGUCAUAUUACCCAAAAAUGUUAACCUGAAAAAAGACAGCGAGAAUACACCUGUCAAAGGGGGAAUCAUGGCUGACCUGGAUGACCAAGAGGAUGACUUUACUGGACGGGAGGAUGAGGAGGGAAGAGGAGAGACACCUCGUUUGUUAGAGGGCGAAGACAACAUCACAGAACAAACACAUCAUAUUAUCAUACCAAGCUACACAUCAUGGUUCAAUUACAACUGCACUCACUCAAUAGAGAAACGCGCCCUGCCUGAAUUCUUCAAUGGAAAGAACAAAUCUAAAUCUCCAGAGAUCUACUUGGCGUACCGCAACUUCAUGAUUGACACGUACCGCCUCAACCCCCAGGAGUACCUGAGCUCCACGUCCUGCAGACGCAACCUCACUGGAGACGUCUGUGCUGUAAUGAGGGUUCACGCAUUUUUGGAGCAGUGGGGUUUGAUUAACUACCAAGUGGAUGCAGAGAGCAGACCACUCCCAAUGGGACCCCCACCCACCCCUCAUUUUAAUGUGCUAGUUGACACACCAUCUGGACUGGCCCCCCUGCAACACAAACCCCUGCAGGUAUCAGCUUCGCAGCACAUGCUGUAUUUCCCAGAAAAGAGCAGAGAGAAACCUUCAGACUGCCAGAACUUUGGUCUGCGCACUGACAUCUAUGCCAGGAAGCACCCUAAGACUAAAGGAGCAAGUGCAGGAAGGGAAUGGACGGAACAAGAGACACUCUUAUUAUUAGAGGCCUUAGAGGUUUACAGAGAUGACUGGAAUAAAGUAUCAGAGCACGUGGGCUCUAGAACACAAGACGACUGUAUCCUCCACUUUCUUCGUCUGCCAAUAGAAGACCCUUACCUAGAAGACUCCUCAGCCUCCCUCGGCCCAUUAGCGUACCAGCCUGUACCUUUCAGCCAAUCUGAGAACCCUGUUAUGAGCACUGUGGCCUUUUUGGCGUCUGUAGUAGACCCACGGGUAGCUUCAUCUGCAGCUAAGGCUGCCCUAGAGGAGUUUUCCAGAGUCCAAGAGGCGUUGAUAGAUAAGAUCUCUGAAAUCUCAAACCAGCCUGAAAAACUGGAAUCAGUGGAUGCUUUGACAAUGGAGACAAACCCCUCCCUUCAGUUAUCUAUUAGGGCAGAUGGGCUCAAGGUGGAACAAAGUGGGGCAACAGAAGGGGGAGAACAAGUCAAGAGAGAAAUUCCUGAAAAUAUCCUUACAGAGGGGAGAGAUGGAAGGGGAGAGGAUGAUGAGAGCAUAGGGCGGAGGGAGGGGGAUGGAGACGAAGGGAGGAGAGUGAUGGAGCAGGACCUGGUGGAGGGAAGCGUUACCAUGGCAGCAGCAUCUGCCCUGUCCUCAGCUGCCACAAAGGCAAAGCACUUGGCAGCAGUGGAGGAGAGGAAGAUCAAGUCCCUGGUGGCCCUGCUGGUGGAGACCCAAAUGAAGAAGCUGGAAAUCAAGCUUAGACACUUUGAGGAGCUAGAGACCAUCAUGGAUCGUGAAAAAGAGGCUCUGGAGCAGCAGCGGCAGCAGCUUUUAUCAGAAAGACAGACUUUCCACAACGAGCAGCUGAAACAGGCAGAGCUGAAGGUCCGCCAGCAGAGGGAGCAGCAGGGGCAGCCAGGAUACACAGGCCAGUCCUUGUCCAAUCGGAUGAUCCCAGGCCCAGGAAAUGCCCAGACGAUAGCUCGACACCCCGGCGCUCCAAAUGGCAUGUAUCCAUCUUCACAGCCUGAUGGGAUAGCACCCACUCCGCCUGGUCCUCCAACCAGUCACAGCUAAACCAACCAGAAAAUAAAUGCUCCCCACAUGUUUUUCAAUUAGAAUCCACACCAAACUUUAAACAACAACAUAUGGAUGAAACCCAGUGACACAAGCACAUAGACACAAGUUGAUUUGUACAGUAACUGGCCAACAGCUCAGUCUGUCUUAUAUUUGUGAAAUAUUUGUGCUCUGUUGUCAGAGUUGAAACUAAAAUCAACUGAUUAAAAUUGUUUUAUAUGAAAAA